AUGGAGGACGUGUCCAGGGUUGGUUCCAUGACCUCGAAGGGCUCCAGCAUCGAGUCCAGCGUUGUUCUCAGUGAGCGAUCGCUGAAGGUCGAGAUGCCACCCGAGCUCCUUCGUGGCGUCUACUUGCAUGAAUGCCUCGCUCAAUGGGGAAAGCACUGGGCUUCAAGCGACACAGUCGAACGGGCUUCCGACGUUCGUCUAAGCCGACCAACCCAGCGCAUAGACAACUUCCUGAGCCACGAUUGGAAAACAUCUCGCUGGCUCAAGUUGGCUGCUCUCCUGGUUGUCUUCAACUCAAGGGCAGCAGCAGUAGGAACUCUGCUGGUCAGCGUGGGCGUCGGAAUCCUACGAGCAUCCCAUGUGCUCCCGGAUGAGGCCUGGACGGUAGCGAUUGGCCACGCCACCUGGGUCUGCAUUUUUUUCGGCUGGCAGAGGCUUCGAUCUUUUUGCCGGCCCCGUACGGUGUUCUUGGACAAGCUUUGCAUAGCCCAACACGAUGUCGCUCUCAAGGAGCAGGGCAUACUGGGAUUAGCCGCUUUCUUGGCCAUUGCAGAUGAGCUCACCGUGCUGUGGUCCCCUCGCACGUUGCAACGGCUCUGGUGUGUGUAUGAGAUCAGCACUUUUCUUCGCAGACCGGAGAAGCGAAAGCAAGUCAAAGUCAUGCCUGUUAAGCUGGCACUUCUGCUGUGUGUGAACAGCCUAAGUUGGUUCGUGGUGGCAGGAGGCUAUUCCGUGAUCUCAAACAAGUCAAGUCGAGAGGUCACCUGGACAAGGACUCUUUUGGGGAGUCUAUGCAUGUGCUUUGCGGCUGUCUUCUUGCCGUGGACCUACUACGUCGGCAUUGGCAUGAUGGAGGACUUGUCCACGCUGCCCAAGCAGCUUUCCAACUUCCGGAUCCAGGAUGCGGAAAGCACGUGCUGCUCUCGACGGCAUAUCCAUCCAGAGACCCAGCAGGUUGUCCCCUGUGAUCGGGAAUUGGUGUUUGCAACUCUGCAGCAGUGGUUUGGCCGGCCAGGCGAUGCGCCCGGCAAGUAUUUGGUGGACUUCAACCUCCUCGUGCGGAAGGAGCUGGCCCCGUCAGUGCUAAAGUCUGUUGGCCGGGACCACCUUCCUGUCUGGUACACUCUGUACAUGGCGGUCAGCGGCAGCACGCCUUUUUUGUCAGACUGCAUCUCUCUGUUGGCCAAGGGGCCACCCGCCAACUUGUCCAGUGGUGGGACUGUUAUUUGGGGCACACGUACUUUCAUAAGUUUUGCGUACGUCCCUGUACUCGCAAUCCUGGCCACUAGAUUGAAUCUGUGCUUUUGCUGGCAUGGGUUCCGGAUGGCACACCAUUCCGCCUGUCGAUCGAGAUUCUGUCUGGCAGUUCUGCUGUCACAGCUUGGAGUCAUAAUUAUUGCUACUUUCUGGGCGCUCUUUUUCAUCUCCUCAAAUCAUGUUGAAGCAAGCAGUUGGAUCCCUAUCGUGCCCUUUCUCUUGCUUUUGGCAACAACAGCGAUACUUUUUCGUACUGGCUGCAUUUGA